GCAACAAUGAUCUGAUUGAUCUUGUAUUUUGAGUUUUGUUUUAUUAUAGAUAUGUGCAGUCAAACUGUCCAUCAACAUUUCAAGCUUAUAGACACAACACUAGAGGCUCAGUGUUUUUUUUCUGCAGGAAAACACUUUUGUUAUCAUUAUACAUUAAGAGACACAAAACGGUAAGUAUCACACCAUGCAAAAGUGUCUUGGAAAUUAAUACUAACCGUAGAUUACCGAGAUACAGAUUUAAUCACUCUCCGAGAAUUAAUUUCAUGAAGAAUGUUCUAUCACGGUGGAAAGAAUUCAAAUUCAAAAUUGAUUGAGCAGAGGGCAAGAUAUUCAGACUUUUUGGUGUGCAUCAAUCUCCAAAAGUAAUGGAUCCUAUACCCAUGAUGCAACUUCAGUGUUUUUAGCAAGACCCUGAGCAAGAUUCUUUCACUACACAACUGUUUGCACAGGCUCAGUGAUCCUGAAAAUUGAGUGCCCUUUUACGAUCAAAAGAUAUAUCAAUCUUUCACUGUUCAAAGAAGCAAUUCGUUACAUCUUAGCUUAAAAGUUCAUGUACAGGUAACGGUUGUAUGGCACGACUGAGACCUUCAUCACAAAACAUGUGAAACUUGCAAACUCAGACACGUAACAACAACACAUCCAAGCUUGAACUACAUAGAUCCUAUUUCGUAUGACAAGCAUAAUCAUCAAAUCACACACACAUAAAGUUCAUAUUGGGACAAAGUAAACAUGUACUGCCCAUGGUGAAUGUGUAUACAACAACAACAACUCACAAAAUCAAUAACAAUCAAUCUGCCCUGCAGUUGUAAUGCCAGGAGGUGAUGGACUUCACGUCCAUCAUGCGCUUCUUUUGUUGGCCAGUGGUAGAAAUAGAGAAGAUGAUGCCUUUUUCAGUUUUUUCUUUGGGUGUCAGACAGAAAAGCAUAAAUCAUGGGACAUUUACCUUCAGCUUUCCAAAUAACAAGUGACAUUUUGUUGAGACUCAGACAUGUUCUCAUGAUUUCUAUGUUUUUAUUUCAGCAAAUCAAUGCCUGUGAAAAAAAGUCAGUGUCAAAGUAGUUAAUUUGAUUGUUUUUAGUUGUUCUGUAGCAUUACGUACAUCAACAUGACUAAUUUGUUUUGAACUUUUCAAGUAUAGAAAAUAAUAAGCAUGGUUUCUGUUAUAAAUCUGUUUUGUCAAAACUACAUCUGAAACUUUGACAAUGAGCAAAAACACUAAAAUGUUAUUAGAAUCAUGAAUGCACUGCACCAUUUUCUUAGAAUGCCAAUUUUAUCUAAUCUAGAACAUCCAUAAUUCCCCAUUCAUAAUAAUAAAGGCCCACUCUCCAAAAUAAAUCUACUGGAAAUGUUGCAGCCCUCGUGUUGGUCAAUUUGGACAUUUAUGAUUCACAACUUUAGAAUAUACCUUUGCUUUGGUACUAUUCAGGUCAAGGAGGCCUCUUCCAAAAUUAAACCUAGAUGUUAUUUCUAGAGAGGUGGUAUCUAAAUACGUCCCUAUUAUCUGUUAAAAAAUAUCAUCAAAAUGUUUAUUAGAAAUAUGGAAACCUAUUUUACCUCACCUAAAAAAACAUAAAGCAUUCAAAAUAUAAAAUAUAUUUCUGGCCAUUAAAUAAAGAAAGGCUGUUCUUAAUUUCUUUUUCCUUAAAUUGUUGGACAGAGAGUUGUGCAUUAAAGCAUAUAUUAAUUUUGGAUUAAAAAAAGAACUAACCAAUAUCACCCAUUUUCACUGGAGGGCGCUAACACAAAGCACCAGGUGGUCAGGGAACAACUCGAGAAAGGAGGAGGCCAUUCACAAGCCUGUUUUAGCUACACACACCUAGCUACUGUUAGCUAGCCGGCGGCUAACGAGCGAGCUAAAACACCAGUUCGUCUUCAUGUCGCCCGUCUCAUCAAGCGAUGGCAAGAGAACGGUGUUCACGAACCGAAGCUGAACUGUAUUACCUCAUCGCCAGGUUUCUACAGUCCGGGCCCUGUAAGAAGGCAUCGCAGGUUCUGAUCGAGGAGCUGCAGGAGUAUGAGUUGGUCCCUCAACGAUGUAGUUGGGACGGAAAGAAAUACAAACGGACCUUCCAAGACUGGGUGAUUUUGAACCAGCACAUUCCUGCAGACUAUCUGCUCCGUGUUUGUCAGCGUGUCGGCCCGCUCAUCGAGAAGGAGAUCCCACCGAGUGUUCCUGGAGUUCAAACACUUCUGGGGCUUGGGAGACAGUCCUUGCUUCGUACUACCAAAAGUUGUAGCCAUAAAGUAUGCAGUGGCUCAGCUGUUGCUGCACUUCACCGAGGCCGCCCACCAGAACCUCCAGUCAUCAAUGGAGAUCCUCCCAGUGUUGUGGCCAUCUUGGGUGCUCGCCAGGCCACAGGCACAGCUCGGUUCAACCAGGCCCUGCCGUCUUCCUCCUACCAACAUAUGAAGAUACACAAACGUAUCCUUGGCCACCUUUCUUCAGUCUACUGUGUAGCCUUUGACCGCACCGGCCGUAGGAUUUUUACGGGUUCUGAUGACUGCCUGGUGAAAAUCUGGGCCACAGAUGACGGCCGUCUCCUGGCAACACUCCGCGGCCACUCAGCGGAGAUCUGCGACAUGGCCGUCAACCAUGAGAACACCCUCAUUGCCUCGGCAAGCUGCGACAAAUCCAUCAGAGUGUGGUGCCUGCGUACCUGUGCACCCAUCACUGUUCUGCAGGCCCACGGGGCCUCCAUCACAUCCAUGCAGUUUUGUCCUGCCAUCAAAGGGACAACAAGGUACCUGGCCUCCACCGGGGCAGACGGCAUGGUGUGUUUCUGGAAGUGGCACUCGCUCAGCAUGAAAUUCCAUGAUCAACCCGUCAAGUUUGUUGAGCGGUCGCGUCCAGGAGUACAAGUCUCCACUUCCUCCUUUAGCAGUGGGGGUAUGUUCAUGGCCACGGGUGGCACUGACCAUUUGAUCAGAGUCUACUACCUUGGUGCUGAGACUCCUGUGAAGGUCUCUGAGAUGGAUGCACACACGGAUAAAGUUGUUGUCGUCCAGUUUAGCAAUAACAGUGACAGCCUAAGGUUUGUGAGUGGCAGUCGCGACGGCACGGCCAGGAUCUGGCGUUACCAGCAACAAGAGUGGAAGAGCGUCACUUUAGACAUUGCUGCCAGGCUGCCUGGAACUACUGUCGCCAAUGGGGACGAUAAAACCAAGCUGGUGGUGACCAUGGUGGCCUGGGACCGUGCAGACAGCACCGUCAUCACGGCAGUGUCUAACUACCUGCUCAAAGUGUGGAGCACAACCACUGGACAGCUGCUGCAUGUUUUAUCCGGACACGAUGACGAGGUGUUUGUGCUGGAGGCUCACCCAUUCGACUCCCGCAUCAUGCUGUCUGCCGGCCAUGAUGGCAACAUUUACAUGUGGGACCUGACCAAAGGAGCCAAGAUCCGCAACUUCUUCAACAUGAUUGAAGGGCAGGGCCACAGUGCUAUCUUUGACUGCAAGUUCUCCGCUGAUGGGCAGCAUUUUGCCUGCACUGACUCUCACGGCCAUUUGCUCAUCUUUGGCUUCGGCUGCAGCAGACCAUACGAGAAGAUUCCUGACCAGAUGUUCUUCCACACGGACUACCGGCCUCUUAUUCGUGACUCUAAUAACUACGUGCUGGACGAGCAGACGCAGCAAGCCCCACACCUCAUGCCUCCACCAUUCCUGGUGGAUAUUGAUGGAAAUCCUCACCCUACUCACUACCAGCGCCUGGUGCCAGGAAGAGAGAACUGCAAGGAGGAUCAGCUAGUACCCCAGCUCGGAUACAUGGCUAACAGUGAAGGAGAGUUGGUUGAGCAGGUACUUGGCCAGCAAACGGCAGAAAACAGAGAAAGCCUGUUGGACGACCUCAUCAGACAGUUGCAGAAUGAGCAGGACGGGCGUCAGAUCGCAGAGGAGCCGGCUCCAGACGUAGAAGCAGGUGAUGAAGCCGAGUUGGAGGUCUCCUCUCCGGCUGCUGAAACACACAGAAGUGGGCAGAUGGGCGGGCUGUGGCAGAUGCAGCAUAAUGCACUGCGGAGUCAAGUGGCCACCGAGAGGGACCUGCUGGCCUGGAGCCACCGAGUGAUGGUCAAUGAAGUGCCACGUGGCAUAUCCAGAGUUGUGGAGCAGUGCAGACGAGCCAAAGGUGACAUGGAAUGUUCUCUCUACAAUGCCGAGAGGAGGAAGAAACCCGUAGCCUGCACACCAAAGAGCGAUCUGCAGACUUCGCGCCUGCGCUCACGGCGCUCCCUGCGACCGACCAAGAAAAAGCAGCAGCUCCACGCCUACGAGACCCGCUCGGCUCAAGUGCGCCGUGUUGGGACCAGGAGUCGAAAUUCCAGCACCCGACGUAACUCUGCCAGCCAGUUGGACUCCGACAGUGAUGGAAAUGCAGCAGCGCAGGUGGAGCAAAGCGCAGCCUCCUCUGAUGGUGAAGCUCAGUGGCAGAGCGAGAGCACCUCCAGCGGCUCCUCCAGUGAAUAUUCUGAUUGGACUGCCGAUGCUGGGAUCAACCUGCAGCCACCAAAGAGAGCAACCAGGAGGCCUGCACAGCCCAAAGGUUACAGCAGCUCUGAGGAGGAUGAGGAGGAAGAAGACGGUGAUGGCAAGGCAAAGGAGGCCAAGAAGAGGGACAAUGAGAAGAGGAAGAAGCCGAAGGAGACCAAACAGAAACCCACAUCCUCUCUGGCUGGACUCGAUGCAGAGGAGUGGCUUCCACCGUCAUGGAUAAUGGAGACCGUCCCACACCGCUCUCCCUUUGUUCCUCAAAUGGGAGACGAGCUCAUCUACUUCAAACAAGGCCAUCAGGCCUACGUCCGGGCCGUGCACAGGGCCAAGGCCUACAGCAUCAACCCUCAGAAACAGCCGUGGAACCGACUCGACCUCAGGGACCAGGAAUCUGUGAAGGUGGUUGGAAUCAAAUAUGAAGUGGGACCUCCCACCCUCUGCUGCCUAAAACUGGCUUUCUUGGACCCAGUCUCGGGGAAGAUGACCAAUGAGUCUUUCUCAUUAAAGUACCAUGACAUGCCUGAUGUCAUAGAUUUUCUGGUACUGCAGCAGUUUUACAACGAGGCUAAAGAGCACAACUGGCAGCCAGGUAUGAGGUUCCGCAGCAUCAUUGAUGACGCCUGGUGGUUCGGCUCCGUGGAGGACCAGGAGCCUCUGCAGCCAGAGUACCCCGACAGCCUGUUUCAGUGCUUUGCAGUAAAGUGGGAUAAUGGAGAGCGGGAGAAAAUGAGUCCCUGGGACAUGGAGCCUAUUCCUGAGGAAGCUGCGUUGCCUGAACAGGUCGGUGAUGGCGUGGAUGUGGCGGAGGAGGAGCUAACGGCUCUGCUCUACACGCCUCAGGAGGGAGAAUGGGGCGAUCACACACGAGAUGACGACUGUGAGCGAGUCCUCCACGGCAUCGAUCAGCUUCUUACACUGGAGGUAGCAAAGGCAUUCGCGUCACCGGUGAAUCUGCGGGACUACCCUCUGUACUGCACGGCGGUGUCUUAUCUCACUGACCUCGGCACCGUCCGCAAACGACUGGAGAACCGCUUCUACAGGCGGAUCUCUGCGUUGAUGUGGGAGGUGCGCUACAUCGAGCACAACGCCCGCACCUUCAACGAACCCCAGAGCCCCAUUGUAGCGACGGCGAAGGUGGUGACGGAUGUUCUCCUGCACUACAUCGGCGACCAGAGUUGCACAGACAUCUUGGAUCUGUAUCACAAACUGAAGUCUGAGGUCAGCAGUGAAGAAGCUGAGGCUGCGCUGGAUGUGGACUCUGACACCCCGGGCACGUCUGCAGGACAUUGGGGAGCCAACCCGGAUUCCAAGAAGCGUGGUCUGGUUUUGGAUGUGAAAUUCUGGCACGGUCAAUGCAAAGAGCUCGUGCGCCGAAUGAUUGUCUCGCCAGAUUCCGAGCCGUUCAGGCGGUCGGUGGACCUCUUUGCGUAUCCGGACUAUAGAAACAUCAUCGACACUCCCAUGGAUCUGUCUACAGUGUCAGAGACGCUGGUAGCAGGGAAUUAUGAAAGCCCGAUGCAGUUUGCCAAAGACGUCCGCCUCAUUUUCAUCAACUCCAAAGCAUACACGCCGAACAAGAAAUCACAGAUCUACACUAUGACCCUCAGCUUGUCGGCCUUCUUUGAAAAAAACAUCAUCUCCAUCAUCUCCGACCACAAAUCGGCCAUUCAGAAUGAACGGCGGGCUCUCCAGAGACUCAGCUACAGGAACAGAAUGCACAACGGUGGCAACUCCCCGCCCAACAGUCCCUCCCCCAGCCGUAAAGGGAAGCACAAGUCAGGGAAGGUGCCGAAGACCAAAAAAUCACAGCCCUCAACGAAGAUUCGUUCUCGGAGAUCACAUAAAGCUAAGCAAAGCAGCAGUGUAGCAGAGGAGGAAGACGUCCAGCCUUCUUCCCCAAGUUCAGGGAUGAGCAGCGAGAGCGGAAAGCAAGGGCCGCUCCGGGCGACCCGCAGCCGAGCAACUCCAGUGAAGAAGUCAAGGCGGCGUAACGUGCAUCCGAAUAACGGUCCCAGGCGACGCCGCGGCCGGAAGGCGCCGCCGUCUGACAACGAGGAGGAGGAGGAGGAGGAAGAAGAAGAGGAAGGAAAGGUGGAGGAGAAGGUGGACGAUAAGGAGACGGCAUCGGGAUCGGGAUCCAACAGCUCCUCGUCAGACUCGUCCUCCUCCUCGUCAUCGUCCUCGUCUUCCUCGUCAUCGUCGGACAGCGAGAACAGCUCUGAGUCCGAGAUGGAGAAGUACGUGGAAGGGGGAGAUCACGACUACAGCAAAGCGCCCUGCCUGACAGUAAGCCACUCGGCUAAGGGUAAGGUGGCAGCCUCAGGGAAAAGGAGACACAAAGGAGGAGAGGACGCGGCACAGAGACCUAAGAGAGCACGAUUGCAGCUGCUGGUGGAAGAGGAAGAAGAGGAGGAGGAUGAAGAAGAUGAAGAGGAGCAGCAGCAGCAGGAGGAGGAGGAAGAAGGAGAUGACGGAGAAGAAGAAGAAGAAGAGGAGGAGCAGCAGCAACCGGUCGAUGUAGGACAUGAAGAAAAUGAGGGAGAGCUGGAAGAGGAUGAAGAGGAGGUGAAGGUGAAGGAACAGGAGGGGGAAGAAGAAGAAGAGGAUGAGGAGGAGGAAGAAGAGGGGGAGGAGGAGGAACCUGAGGAAGAGGACAACACUGAUGGGAUGCAGAUGGGAGUUGCCGUGGCGACAGCAGCGGGCAGUCUGAGAGGCCGUGGCAAGUCUCUGCGGGUCAACACGCGCAACCAGGGCCGCAGGACAGUUCUGUACAGGGACGAGUCGGAGGACGAUGGCCACGGGUCGAAGGAGGACCCCCUCAACCUGGGCAUGUCCCGCUCAGGACGGGUACGCCGCAUGACGGAGAAAGCCCGGGUCAGCCACCUCAUGGGCUGGGGUCACUGACGCGGCGGCCCUUUUCACGCCUCAAUUUUUAAAAACUGUUUAACAUGCGUUAACACUUCAGGGAUUUUUUUUCUUUCUUUUUGUACAAGUGUAUAUAAAAUAUAUAUAUGAUUUUGUUUCCUUCUUUUUAUCCGACACUGCUUACGACUCUCAGACUGAUGGUGCUCAUGAUGCGUUGCCUCGGAGUUUCCUUCCCUGGUCGACAAGCCACUGUUCAACACGGAUAAUCUCCAACUGGACUAACUCACCUCGGCCUUACUGAGGAGCUGGAGGAGCUUUGAAGAAGCGGCACUGCUCCUCUUCCUCCUCCCGUGAGUUUGAAGUCUCGUGCUAAACACUAUACCCCUCUGUCUCCUCCUCCCGCCCCCCCCCCCUCCCAUGUCACCAAAGAAAGAUACAGAGAUGCCAAAAAAACGGUGCUCAUGUUUUAUUUCUCUAUUUCUUUGUGUGGAGUCAUUUAAAGAAACUCUCCGUGCUGGCGGUCACUCGUGAAGUCACGACGAGCAGCAUGCGACGUGUGCCGUGCCACCGCGAGGUCACUGACGUUAACUUUGGUACUUUCCUCAUAACCACAAGCCUUAGUUUUCAGAGCUGAUACCAUUCAUAUCAACGUUAUAUCUUUUUGCUCCAGUCAAAAAAAAGUGUAGUUUGGGCACGAGCAAUACUAGGAAUGAGUGUCAGUAGAACACAGAACCUCAGUACCACAGCAACACUCCAGAUACCACAGCCCUCGUCGCACAACUUGACGUCUUUGGCCUGUGAAUGUUAGAGAUGUCUCCCCCUGCUUCCCUCACUGUGAUGUUGACUGUCUUUAGGCUCUGAUUCAGUUUUUCAGUCAGAAUUGGGUGUCUUUUUUUUCUUUUUUCUCUUUAUAAAGGGUCAAAUAGAUUUUCUGGGGUAAAAAAGCCACUGCAUCCCGUUUGUAGUUCUACUGUUGUAAUCCCCGGUGGAUCUGACCUGCACCCAUUCAUGGUUGCUUCCCUCCUCUUUCUGCACCCAGCAUGUGCAUAACGCCAGGUGUCCCCGGUGUCCUCUUCCACAGAAAUAUUUAUUUUUUCAUUGUAUUAUACGAAGGUUACUUUAACUAUUUUUUACGUUAAUAGUGAUGCGGAAGAAGAAAUAUUUGCACAUUUAUCUUCUCCACGUGGCAGCUGAGUAAUAAAGAUAGUAUAGAAAGAGAAGUGAUUUUUUGUUUUAUUAUUUUUUUGUGUAAGAAUGUUUAACUGUGCCAGCACACAUUCAUUCUUUUAUUUGUUUUGGUUGUAACAAUAAAACGGGAUAUAACUAAAUAUAUUUCAAAUAGUGUAUCAUGCGAAAGGACUCAUCUAAUUGGCAAUGCGCGGUUUCUUUUGACCUCUCUCGCCAUCUGUGGACGGAUCGCUGUGUUUAGCUUCAGGUCGAUCAUCUCCACAGAUUACUGCUUUCCCCUCCAUGCUACAAUCAAAAUCACUGUGUGUUUGUUCUGCCUCGUUUUAUCAUGAUGGAUUUCUCGUUGUCGAAUUUGAAUUUUGUUUCUUGUAGAAUUGCAUAAAAUUGGAUCCUUGUUGUCGCACCAAUGCCGUUUACGAUGAAAUUCGUGUGGUCGUUGGCUGGCAGAUAAUUAGAGCCGGCGUCCGGUCAGGAGGAACCGGGAACGCUGACUCACAAAUAGUGAACACUGGGUGCUCUAAUCCGAACACGCCUCCUCAUCACUCUGUACGGUCGCUGACAUCAGAGAGAGGAGGAGGUUCUGUUUAUUUGUUAUUUGUUAUUUUGGGGUAUCGGGGGGUGCUGAAGAGUUCGGUCAAUGUAAGGUGCUGGUCGGCAUCUCGGGUGCUGCUGGCAACGACAUUGACUGAAGUCUUGAAAUGAUUCUGGUUGAGUGAGAAGACUAUGAUUUAAUAUUUUGGAAUCUUAUUUUCUUAAAGUAGAUGGUUUUAGUGUCGCCUCGACGCAUCAUACUAGUUGAUGACGGAUACAACAGUAACAUUCUACUGUAGGUGGAUUAAGAUUACGUGAUUGUCUUUUAUACGCAAUAAUUUGAUUGUAUGUUUCCUUUUUUCUUAAUGAAAUAAAAAAAAAUUCAAAAGAU